AUGCUGAUAGACCACCUUGGUUUCGCUCCGGGUGACGUCGAGAUGUGCUACUUUGACAUCGAUCCACCGAAAGGGCAAGGCGCCAAAAAGUGCACGCAGGGGCAACUGGCACCUACCGCCACGCGUUUCAAGAGCAAGUUCAGGAGCCUCUUAUCGAGUGCAUUGACAGGAGACGUACGUUUCUUGUAUGUUGACGUACAUGGAGGAACAUACCCUGACGAGGAAGGCUCUGGGGAGCAAGACGAAAAAGAUGAAGCCUGGAGAUUUGCGGAGGAUGAGAAUGGGACGAGGCAAGAAUUGGUAAUGGAUGAUUGGGUUGGUUCUACUAUUCGUGCGAAUCUGAAAUCCGGUGUGAACCUCACUAUUCUCACCUCUUCAUGCAUGGGCGGCGGGAUGCUCGAUACACACACUGCAACACCUGGUGUUCUCCUCGCUGGCUGCCACGAGACCCAGUUCAACGUGAAAGCAUUGAAGACUAGGGAUGAUGGCGUUGUCGAUCCGUGGGUGAACGCGAUUACCGCCGUUGUUCGCAGUAGUGCAUCGAACAACCGCGGAAUUCCGACGUACACGAACCUGUUCAACCAGGCGAAAAAGAAGAUUGUAAAUCAACUGAAAGACGGGAGUCAGUGGGCAGGGAGGCGCUAUAAGGGCCCAAGCCCGGAUGAAACUAAACCAAUUCCAUGGGAUCCGGAACAGGAUACCAGUAACCAGGACCCUCAACUGAUCUUCUAUAACGGUUUCGUUGAUCCGGACAGGGAGAGGUUCCUGGUGCCGUUCUUGCCACCGAACGCGGGAAUUGCAAAGGGUGAAGCUACAAGGUAUCCACACGAUGAAGUUGCACACGAUGAAUUGUAG